AUGGAUGGAUUUACCACUGAGAUCGUAGACAACCACGCCAAGUUUGACCCUCGUGGGAGCAGCACAUACAGACAAAACGGCAGACCUCUCAGUAUCACAUAUGGCACUGGCAGCAUGACUGUGAGCCAAACUGAGGCCCCCUUCAUGCAGAACAUGCAGGCUGACGGUAUAUUUGGUCUGGCCUACCCAAGCCUGUCUCUCUCCAGUGCAACACCUGUGUUCGACAACAUGAUGAAUGGGGGCUUGAUCAACCAGAACCUCUUCUCCGUGUAUCUGAGCUCUAACAAUCAGCGAGGCAGUGCGGUGACUUUUGGUGGUGUUGAUACCAAUCACUACUCUGGUUCCAUCACCUGGAUUCCUCUCUCCAAUGAACUGUACUGUCAGAUCACAGUUGACAGUGUUUCUGGUAAUGGUCAGGCUGUAGCUUGCAAUGACGGCUGUCAGGCUAUUGUGGACACUGGAACCUCUAUGAUUGUUGGACCUCAGAGCGACAUUGACAACAUCAAUGCCUGGCUGGGAGCAAGUAGCCAGAAUGGAGAGUACAUUGUCAACUGCAGCAACAUUGGCCAAAUGCCUGAUGCGACCUUCAACAUCAAUGGAAACCAGUUCACUCUGCCAGCCUCUGCCUAUGUCUAUCAGGUUCAGUAUAGUAGCUGUAUCACAGGCUUCGGUGCUACAGGUGGCAACAUGUGGACCCUGAGUGAUGUCUUCCUCAAACAGUAUUAUUCAAUCUACAAAAGAGGCAGGAAUAUGUUGGGUCGGGCCAAGGCUAGAUAA